AAAAAAAAAAAAAUUUUUUAAAAAAAAAUGGAGGAUAUGAAAGAUACAACUAUUGUUUUUCAUGUUCAUAUACCAACUGGUAUAGAAAAUCUCGGCGGAUAUCCAGUUGUUAUUGGCGAUGGUAGCGAGUUAGGAGAUUGGGAACAUAAUACCGUAAAACUUUAUAAACCUUCUAAUAAUAACCCUACUUACUGGAGAUCUAAGGAUACUAAGAUAACAUUCUCAAAAAAGUCGAAAAUUCAAUAUAAUUAUGCUAUUUAUAUUCCUGCUGCAAUUUUUCGUAGACCCAAAAAAAUAAUUUAUGAAGGACAAAAUAGCUCAGAUGAAAGUUUACCAGAUUCGGGUAAACGUUUAUUAAAUUUAAAUUUGAAGCACCAGUUUGAUAAAUGGAUCAAUGGAAAUUGUACUGAAUUAGAACAAUAUCAAAUUGGUGAAGAUAUACCCGAUUACGCUUUUGUAGAUUAUAUUUAUAAUAAUGUCACAUCUGACAAUCUGAAAGAAAGCGUUUUAGAAUAUCAAUCAUUAUUAACCCUUCAUACGGAUCUCACAAUCAAAUUUUCUGAUUACGAGUAUAUAAUUAAUAAUAUUAAUGAAAAUUCAAAAAGAGAGCAAAAGCUGUUCUUAUGUCUUCUUUUAGGAUAUCACAUUUCAAGACAAGAUUCUUUUAUAUUAACAGAAGAUUUUAAGUCAGAAAUACUAAUUGAUGUACUUACGGAUUUUCAAAAAAAUAUUCUACCUUUAAAUGUCAACAAAUUUAUGUUUGAAGCUAUUUUACGUUUGGCCCAACACAAUGCUUUUCAAUAUAAAUUUGGUUGGCUCGUGAUUUUUAAAAUCUCAAAAGAAAUUGAUCCAACUUACUCAUUCUUGGAAAUUUUAAAAGAUCUUAAAUAUGCUCGUCUAAACUUACAAAAGUUUUCAGAAGAGGUGAAAAAAAUGGAGCCUUGUAUUAAUGAUAUUGGAUAUGAAAAUACAGUAAAAAUUGCAAAAUGGUUGGUAAAAUUAUGCAAAGAUAUAGAAUCGCUUAUUGAAGCUUGGAAUAAUCCUCUUAUUAUAAGCAAACAGCUUGAUAACCAAAUCUUACAAUGCUUCAUUGAACGAAUUCAAGAACUUAUUUCUAAGGAUGAUGUAAAUGUAUUGACGAGUCGUUCUCAAGAACUUCAAGAAUUUAAAGGGAGUGUUUCUAUAGCAGUUCGAAACCAAGCUUUAUCCUUACUUAAAGAUCCAAUGAGAGUAUGGUCACGUUUAAAUGCUUAUGGUAUCCUAAAACUUCUUCAAGAUGAUAGUCUUAACUGGAGUAGUGAUGAUGUCAUAAUCUCAUUAGAACUUCUGUCUCAGUCUCAUAGUUUGGAGUUAUUAACCAUAUUUCCAGUACUUUUGGAUUAUUGGUUCAAUCGAGGAUUCUCAGAUUCUAAAGGAAAAAAUAUAUCAAAUAUUUCUAAAAACUGGUUCGUAAAACUUUUAAGUAGGGAUGGCGGUAAUUUAAAUGAAAUAUUUGUAAUAUUUCGAAAAUUAAAUGCUAUUUAUCCUUUACUUGGAUGCCGGAAAAAUAUCUGGAAGAAUCUAAUAAAUAUUGUCGCGGAGAAAAUGGAGACAUAUUCAGAAUUUCAAAUAAUUAAUGCAAUAAAAUUUGUAUCCCAAAUAGAAACACAAGAAGUAAAAGAAUUAUAUUCAAAUAUUAUUAAAGAAAUAUUGAGUGAAACGGUUCAGCAAAUUGACGACCAAUUGAUAAAUAAAAUAUUAAUGAUUUGCUUUUGCGAAAGUAAAUCAUCAUUAGUGAUUCCAAAUACAAUGUGCGAGGAUAUUGUAAACUAUAUUAUUACUAGAUUGCAAGACCAAUCAUUAUUACUUGAAUCUGGUGAUUCAGAACAGUACCUAAAUGUUAUACAAUCCAUAGGACAUAGUAAAUUUUGGUUCCUUAUCUUAAAUGCUACUGGAAGUGUUGAAAAGCUCUUCGCAAACUCAUAUGUUCAAGGCCUUCAUAUUCCUAAUUUAAAAUUUAAUGGAUUACUUUUAACGAAAACAAUUAAUAUGCGAUUAUUACAACAACUUUUAAAAUACUCUGACGACAAAAUAUUUCAGUUUUUUUAUAAUACUAUAGACAGAGAAUCCACUUUAGUUGUUUCUCUAGAGAUAAUUGUAGAAAUUAGAAAAUUAUAUGACGACCAUAAUAAUAAGCUUGAUAUACUACUUAGGUUUUAUAAUGAAUUUGGUUCAACUUCUAAGGUAUCAGAUGUAAAUAAUUAUAUUCAUGACAUACAACAGCGUAAGGAAAAUUUAGAUGAAGUAAAAUUAAAUCAAGUAUUGUUACCAAAUUAUUGGGCAUAUCAUGAAGAAACCUUGGACAUUGCGAAACAGUAUCGUAAAUUUAUUAAAUUUCAAACUUUUCGGAAUAUCUUUGAAAUCAAUUUUCAAAAAGAUUCUGAUGCAACGACAGUAAAAUACAUAACACAAAAAUUGUUACCAGCCAUUUUCAAAAAUUAUGGUAGCAUGUGUAAAAAGUAUGAGGCUUGGGAAAAAAUUAGUCGUUCAGAAGCAUUAUUAUUUUGGAAGAACGUUAAAAAUAUUAAUGCGGAAUUUGAUUUAAUCGAAGAACUUGGCUCUUGUAAAAGAAAUCAAAGGUUAAUACAAACUCUUGAAUGUUUAUUGAAAUUUCCUCAAUGGUCGAAAAGACUUGGGUAUUUAGAAACACUAUUAAAGGUUUUUCAAAUAGAAUGUAACGAAAGUGAUCAAUUAUUAAAAUGUAUUUAUAUCAUAAAGGAUGAUUCCUUAAUGCUUGAUCAAGUAAUUCCCUUUAUUAAGAAUCUUGAGGAGAAUUUUUCUGAUAAUGAAAAUUAUUGGAAUUUAAUAAAAGAAUUAUCGAAUACUGAAGAUUUAAUGAGAAGGAUUUCUAAACAUAAUAUUGAAAAUUUGUAUUAUGUCAAUGAUGAUGACUUGUCGAAUGGAAUAUCAGAUCAAUAUAUAACAAAUUUACCAUUUAUUCAAGUUAAACAAGCCUUAUAUCCACUUAUAAAUAAGCAUGAUGUUAUGAAUGCUGAUGAUUUUAUGAAAGAAUUAUCGACUAUUAUCGAAAAGAAUUCUGCAUUAUCGGACAAUAUUAUAUUUUGUAAUAGUAACAAUAUUGUAUUACAAGACCUGUGUUAUAAGAUUAUAAAUCGUGAGCAAGACACAAAGGAGAAAAUUAAGAAUGCUAUUGAUAAUGGAACAUAUAUUUUUGUAUGUGAUGAGGAAAAGGAUGAGUGUAUGUUUACACUAAAAUAUGCUUCAUAUAUAUACAAUCUUAACGAUGUUCUUGACUUACACAAGAAAGCUUCCUUAAUUACCACGGAUUAUAUAAAUGAUUUCGUUGAGUUUGUUGAUAACACUCAAAAAAUAGUAAAUAUUUUGACUAAAUUGAUGCAAAGAGGCCAUUUUGAUUAUCAAAAGUUCGAAAUAAAAAUAAAAGGAGUAGAAAAUAUGAAAGAAUUUCUUAUAUCAUUAAAUGAUGAUUUGGAAAAAUGGGAUAAUAUAAAGAAUCAAGUCCAAGAAAAUUGUUAUCACUUAACAUUCUUCACUGCUCAUCAUAUUUUUGCAUUCUAUAACUAUUUUACAUCAGAAGUCGUUGAUGAAAAGAAUAAAGAUGUAUGUAAGACGCUUAUUAAAUUUGUAAACAGCAAUGCUCAAUUACCAUCUCAUAGGAAAGUCGAAGAAAUAUCGUGUGAUUCUUACGAUUAUUUUAGUAAAAUUGGUACCAAAUUAGAAAAUAUAUUUAGAAAUCCAAAACAAAGGCGUAAGAUAAAAAUAAUUCAGCAACAAGUAAUUACUGAUGAUGAUGUUAUAAGUGAUGGAUCGUUUGUUGUCGCUUAUGAUAACAAAUUGUUAGUUCCAAAUAUAAUAAUGUCACUAUACGUUAAUAAUGGAUAUUAUCCAGAAUCAUGGCAACUUUUAUUAUGUACAUCAUCAACUACGAUGGAAGAACUUACAACCUUUAUUAAAAGAUGCUUUUUUGCUUCAGAUAAUGGAUAUGAUAAUAAUUUAUUCUGUAUUGUAAAUUUAGAACUAUUAAACUUUGAAUUACAAUAUAUCAUAGUAAACCAUAUUAAAGAAAUACAAUUGAAAAAUUCGAACAAAAAUUAUCUAUUAGCACUUCUGUGCCAUAGGGAAUUAGAAAUUUCCCAAUAUAUUUUAGAUCAGCAUAUCUUAGAUGUUCGAGAGAUUAGUGGCUUGAAUGCCGAAACGAUGCAAGAAAUUUAUCAAGAAUUAUGUCCAAAUGUAUUGUGUGUUACUUCAGAUUUAUCUGGUCAAGGAAAAACUGAAUGGAUUAAAGAAUCUAGUUUCUCUAAACAAAAAAUUCCGCACAGCUUCUUAAUUAGUGAUGAUAUGAGUUUUGAAUAUCUUAUGAAUAAGCUUAAAGAAUGCAAGCUCAAAGAAAUAGAAAGUCUUCAUAUUACUAUUUUACCAAUUGAUUAUCCAGAAAGCGUGAAUCUAUUUUUAUUUGAGUUAUUGACUUUUAAGAUUGUCUCAUAUAAAGAGUUGAUCGUUUCUAUUCCACAAACUUUCAUUUAUAUUGAAAUAGCAUCAUCUGUAAAACAGAAUUGUCUUCCUAUGUUGAGAUUCUUACCUUUCAAACAUUUAUCUUGGAAUAUUGAAAAUUUUAAAGCCUCACAGGAAAUAUUUAGUCCACUUCAAAUUGUAUGUCAUUAUUUGAAAUUAUAUGAUUAUAGAAAAAUUGAUAAAAAAGAAAUUUUAUUUAAUACAUCAGAUGUUAUCAAAUACCCUAUAUCAACAGAACUUUGUCAAAAUCUAAUUAUUAGAUAUUUUUUUAAUGGUGAAAUUAUUUCAUCAUUUAGGAAUAUUGAAAUAUUUAUUAAUGUUUUAGCCGAUCAAUUAAUUAGAUUAUCAUCAAAUGAUUAUUUUACAAUAAAUAAUCUAGGAGAAGAAUCAAAUGUUAGAUCAAUUAUAGUUAAAUCAUUAAUUCAAGUUUCAAAAGAUUUUGCAACUAAAUUCAAGGCAGAUCAAACAGAUGACAAAAGCGUCCACUUUGAUAUAAUUUCUCAAUGCAAUAAUUUAAGUAAUAUUAAUAUAAUGUUUUUUAAUCCUCUGGAAUCAAAUUCCUUCACUAUCUUAUAUCAAGAUAAGGAUAAAAUUCCUGAUAGUAUUAAACUAUUAUUAAAUAUUCAAGCAAUCAGUGGGGCGAUGGAUGAUUAUAAUACGAUGUUUACAAAUGAAUUCUUAACGAGAUUAGAAGGAAUGACUUGUAAGAAUUCAACACAAAAAUCAGAAUACGUCUUAUCAAGUGAUAAUUUGAUAAAGAUGGCGCUAAUACUCUUAAGAGUAAAUGCGAACGUUCCAGUGGUUAUUUGUGGUGAAGCGGGAUGUGGAAAGACAAGUUUAAUUGCACAUUUGGCUCUGAUGAUAAAAGUUCAAUACCAAUCUCUUAAUCUUUAUGAUGGAAUUGAAGAAGAAACUAUAAUGAAAUUUAUGUUAGAAGCUUUAAAUAAGUCAGAAAAAGAAGAAAUUUGGUUAUUAUUCGAUGAAAUUAACACAUGUAAUCACCUAGGUUUACUUGCAGAUUUAAUAUCUAAUAGAAUGUUCCAGGGUAAACCUAUAAGUUCAAAUAUUCGAUUAUUUGCUACUUGUAAUCCAUACCGUUCUCGCGUUCAAAAUGAAGAUGGCCGUGUAAAAAACGUUAAAAAAUACAAAGAAAGAGGAGAUCUUAUUUAUCAAGUCAAACCACUUCCCGAACAAAUCUCAGACUAUAUAUGGAAUUAUGAUGUCUUGAAACCAAAAGACGAAUAUAAAUAUAUUCAAAUUAUGGUUAAAAAUGAGUUAAAGGAAUUGGCACAACCUGUACUUGUCGAAUUAAUAUUCGCUUCUCAAAACUUCAUACGAAAAAUUGAAGAACCGUAUAGUGUUAGUUUACGUGAUGUGAAACGAGUUAUAACAUUAGUAAAAUUCUUCUAUAAUUCUCUAAAUAAUCGCCCAGCCUACAAAAUAGAACAUAAAUACCCAUCAGAAAAUCCCGCUUUAAUAUAUAGAUCCUAUGUUUUAGCACUUAGUAUUUGUUAUCAUUCUAGAUUAUGUGAACAAGAUUUGCGCAAGCAAUAUUGUUACGAAACAGGUCAAAUAAUCCAAACUCAUAAAAAUUUUAUGGGAGAAAAAAUUUUUAUUAAAAUCAUUCGGGAAGAACAAGAACAUUAUAUUAAUAGGAUGCAAAUUCCGAAUAAUAUAGUCAAAAAUGAAGCUUUACUGGAGAAUAUUUUAGUUAUGACUGUUUGCAUAUUAACUAAAAUUCCUAUCUUCGUUAUUGGAGAAACGGGGUCCUCUAAAUCUUUGGCUCUUCAUUUAAUAAGUUCGAAUUUACGUGGAUCAGAAUCAGAUGAUGAUUACUUUAAAUCUUUGCCAAAGGUUCAUAUUGUUCCAUAUUUAUGUUCUUCGAGUUCCACUUCAGAUGGAAUUACUAAGAUAUUUGACAAAGCUAAUAAAUACCAGGAAACAAGUUCUGAUGUUAUUAACGUAGCCUUGUUCGAUCAUGUUGGAUUUGCGGAGUCAAAUUCUUCGAAUCCAUUAAAGUUACUUCAUACUUUACUUGAACCAAUUUAUCCGGCAACCGGGCCAACUGUUUCGUUUGUUGGAUUGUCCAAUUGGCGUUUGGAUAUCAGUAAGAGUAGUAGAGCAAUACUUGUACAAAGGCCAAAAUUUGAUUUAAAUGACUUAGUUAAUAUAAACACUAAGUUUAUUAAAUUCAAUGAAGCAGAAGCUUCAAAAUCUUUAGCUGAAGCAUACUUGGAAUAUAAACAACAUAAUCAAACCUUGUCUAAUUUUUAUGGCCUUCGAGAUUAUUAUGCAUCGUUAAAAAUGCUUUCAUUGACACCAGCAGAAAAUAUUCAAAUAGCGUUGGCCCGUAAUUUUGGAGGAAUUGAAAAUAAUGUCAAAUUAUACAAAUUAUGGGAAAAAUACUUUGGAAAUUUUAUCAAAGCGUUUACCAAUAAUAGUUCGUGGCAAUUACCAAUUACACAAUUAAUUGAAUCGAAUUUAAAUGAUUCUAAUGCACGUAAUUUAAUGGUCAUCGGUAAAAGUGGAACAAUUCUAAAUUUAUUAACCGAUCAAUUAAAAAGAAGAAAUAUAGAUCCUAUUGUAAUUUUAGGUUCUUAUUUUCCUGAUGAUCAAGACGAUUAUUCUUCUAAAGUAUUAAGUAAAAUUAUGACAUGUAUCAGUACAGGCAAACCAUUGAUUCUUACAAAUUUAGAGAAGAUUUAUGGUAAAUUAUAUAACCUAUGGAAUCAAAAUAAUAUUGUAGAAAAUACUGAACAAAAAGUAUAUGAAGAAAACUCUAAUUUCGCGUAUCAUAUUUCAUUAAAAUGUGAAUGUAUCGUAGUUCUAGACGAAAAGAAUUUAUGCUCAGCUGAUCCAUCUUUUCUUAAUCGUUUUGAAAAACAAAAAUUAUUUAUUGGUGAUCUUCUUAAUGAGAAACAACAAUCUUUUGUUCAACAGCUAAAUGAUUGGGCAGAAAGAAUUUCCACUUUUGAAGAUGGUUCAUAUAAAUUUGUACAAAAAGAUCUUUUUAUAGGAUUUGAUAGUGAUGAAACAUUACAGAGUUUAGUAUUAGAUAUUACGAAUAAUUAUGCUUAUACUGAUGAUAAUGAGAUUCUCGAAAACUGCAAGAAAAGAUUAAUUACAUUGGCAACAUCAGAUGGAAUCGUAAGAGCUGAACGACUUAUUUUAAAUCCAAGUGAAAUUGAUCAAUUAAAGUGUAUUUAUUAUAUUCAACAUCAUGAAAGUAUUUAUGAUUAUUUUGAAAAUUUAUUCGAUCAAGAAGAUUCAUCGGAAUAUUCUAAAGAAAGUUUAAUGAUUAUCAAUACUUUCUCUCAUAUUAGUACAGAUAUUAAAUCUUGUUUAAGUAAUCUUACAACAUGUCAAGCUUAUAAAUUAUCAAAUCUUAAAAGCGAAGCUCAGCUUUCAAAUUUAGUGAAAAAAUUUUAUCUGAAAUCCAAUGAUCAAAUAUUAAUCCUCCAGUGUGAUAAAUUUGUUAGUAUUGAAUGUAUUAAUUUGGCUAAAUUUAUCAUUGAACAAUUUCAAAAUGAAAAUUUAGAUAAAAAAGAACAAAUUGAAACAAACAUGCCCAUAAAAUAUGUAUGUAUAAUAAAUCACAUUCAACGAGGUUGUGAUCAAAAUUUAAUACUGUCUAAUUUUAUUCAUGAAUGGAAACAAAUUACAAUUGAAUCUUUAGAACAACAAAAUAUUUCAUUAAAUCAACUUUUGAAUAAAUCUUUAUAUGAUAUCGUAAAUUCGGAUCUUUUUAGUAAAAUAAUUUGUUCUAGUACACCAUUUGAAAAAAUUUUGGAGGAUGAAUUAUUAUGGUGCUUAUCUUGUAUAGGAUAUCAAAUUUCCAAUGAAUCAUGUUAUAAUGAUUAUAUUAGAACGUUAAAUAAAGAAAUUUUGGACAAUGCACAUUUCAUCCAAUGUAUAAAGGAAAAAGUUUAUAAAUGGAUUUUUGAAAAUUGUAAUGAUUGGCAGUUUGAAGUAGCUAAAAAUCAAGAUUAUUUAAGCCAAUUUACAAGUCUUUUACUAGCUUUACAAAACUAUGUGAAAAUGAUCGUUAAGCAUACCAUAGCAAAAAUCUUAUAUUCACUUGAAAAAUUAUUAGUAACAAAAACAUAUUUUACUUUCGAAAAAAUUGAUGAUGAUGAAAUAAAAGCAGAACUAUCAGGCUUAUGGAAACGAUGUUUUAUGGAUAAUACAAUUAUUAAUAUUAAUAAUUUACCCGAGCCAAAAACUUCUAAAUACAUAAUGUCAUAUUAUGUAAUUGAUGAACUUAAAUUUCCUUUUUCAUAUUAUUUUUUUAAUCAAAUUAAUUCCUACAAGUUAUAUUAUGAUGAAGAAUUAGAUAUUUUAAAACAAGAUUUAAAUAAUAUUGAUGAGAAAUCUAAUGAAUUACAUAUUGAUUUGAUUGAAAAUCAUAUUGAAAAAUUUAAGAAUAAGUUGUUGUCUACUAAAUCAAAUUUUAGAAUAUUACAAAAAUAUUCAGAAUUAUAUUAUAAUGAUUUUAUUAGGAUAUUAUCUCAGAGAAUUAAAAAAUUAAAUCAUGUGAAAGAGUUGGAUUUUAUUAUUAAACAUAUAAUCGGAGAUAAAAUAGUUUCUAGUCCAUUCCUUCUUCAUAUUUAUUGGUGGAAUCAUGCAGAAAGUAUUUUAAUUCAGUUACAGUUAAUUGAAAUGUUUCCAACUACUUUUGAAAAAGCUCAAAAAGAUUUUAUCAUUUAUGGUAAUCUUGAUCAACUCCUUUUUAAUGAAGCAAUUAAUUUUAUUUUACAAAAAAUUUAUUAUAAUGAGGAAUGUGAAAAAGAAAUGGAUAUUGUUUUAUCCUUAGUUAAUAGGAUGAAUUAUACAAAAAAACUUACAAAUCUUCCUUUGUUACAGAUAUGUAAUGAAUUGUUAAAAAUCAAAUUAAUUCCUCUGGAAAAAAUAAAAGAAAUGAUUAAUUUAGGAAGAGCUAGAAGACAAGAAUUUAUUACUAUAGAAAUAAUUGAAUUAGUAUUAUACAUUUUAGAUAAUAAUAAUGAUUUAACAGUAACUAAUAUAAGAUCCUUUAUUAUGAAAUGUUUAGAAAUUAUUCCACUUGAAUCUGAAGUUCGGUUAACUCUUUACAGAAAUUUAUUUUUACAAAAAUCUUUUAAUUUAACUAAUGAAAUUAUUGAAAAAAUGUUUAUUGAUGAAAUUCAACAAAAUGAUGAAAUAUUUUUUACGCUGAUUAAUAGUUCCAAACAAGUAUUACAACAUUCAAUUAGAUUAAAUGUUAUUAAUAAUUGUUUGGAUGAUAAUAACUUGAAUACAAAUAUAGGAGAACUCUGCUGUGAAAUAAUUCAAGCAAUUUUCGGUAGAUUUGAAUUGAAAAAAUUAAUUUCUUAUUUCCCUAAUUUUAUUGAAGAUACAGAAAAUUCAGCUUUACAACAUAUAACCGUAAUUGCAUUUUUAAAGGAAUUUACAGUUAAAUUCUGGAAGGACUAUAUGCAAGAUGAAAGUUCAUUACCUGAAUCAUCAAUCAAAAUGGUUAAUGAAUAUGUGAAAAUUAAUCAUCCCUUAGUUCAAUCGUUCAAAUCGUAUUUUUUAUUUAAACAAAAAGGAUUUUCAGUAAACAAAAACCAAUUGAAAAUAAUUUCAAAUGAAUUUCCAUGGAUUGAAAAUGAUUCUAACGAAAAAAUACCUUAUUAUUCAAUAUUUUGGAAAGUGAUUAGACAAGUGAAUUUUGAAGAUUUUCACACUUUUUACAAUAAUAAUUUAGAUAGUUGUAUUAACUAUCCAUUUUUGCUGGUAUAUAUUAAAUAUUAUGAAAGAUUAAAAUUAGUUAAAUAUCUUUAUCCAAUUGUUAAGUUUAUAAAAAUUUUAAACUCAAAACUUGAGUAUCGUAAAUCUAGAAAAUCAGCUCAAAUGAUGACAUUUCAUGAAUUUAUUGAAGAGGAAUCUAAAGAUAAUACUGUAAAUGGAGAUUAUUUGAAAUCUUUAUUUGAAGGAUUUGCAUUAAGUUGGAAUUCUGUAAUUAAUUAUAUUGAUCAAUAUCGAUCUAAAGAAUUGUCUAACAAACCAUUUAUGAAUCUCAAAUGUUCUGUUAUUUAUGGUUUAAUUGAACAAAAAGAUGCAGGAGUUUAUCUAUGCGCAAUUUUAGAAUUUUUGAUUAAAAUGCAUAAUGAAUUUUUGGAUAAUGUUUUUUCUAUUCCAGUAGAACAAUGUAAAAGUCUUAAAUUUUUAGAACAUUUAUUACCUUGCAAUAAUCCGGCUUAUUUCACUAAAUCAAUUAUGAUAACUCAAGCACAAGAGAUUAAUUUUAUUAAUUAUGAAUUAGAUGAAAAAUUUUUAAAAUAUAGUCAAAGAAAUCUUGAUCAAAAAGAUGAAAUAUCAUUUAAUUUUAAUUUACAACAGAUUGAAAUGCUGCUUAUGAGAGAAUUAGUUAUUGACAAAGUUUAUUUUGAAAAAGGAAAUAAUCAAUUUUAUUUCGAAGAUUUUUCAUUCAAACAUGAAAUAUUUCAUAAUACACCUAGAAUUUUCUUUAAUGUAAGAGAAGUAUUACAACAAGAGCCUAUUCAAACUGACAAAAUUAAAUCAUUUUUGGUAGCUUUACAACCCUCAAAUUCUUUUAUUUCAGAAUUGCUCUUGAUUUUUGAAAUAAUUCUUUGUUUUAUAAAAGAGUUAGCAAUUAACAAUAAUGAAAUACUUAUUGAAGAUUUUAUUAGGCAAUGGUCAAAAUUAUCAAGAUAUAAUAUGAUGCUAACUGAUAUAUGUGAAGAGUUUUCUGAAUUUUCUCUAAAACAUAUUAUAGAAUUAUAUGAAUUGAUCGAACAACAAGAUGCUGAUUUAUUUAAUAAUACAAUAAUUGAUGAUAAAUUUAAAAUUCCAUUAGAAGAACAGAUGAAGAAAUCAAUUAAUGACUGUAUAGAUUAUUAUAAUCAAUCAGAGUCGAAAAUUUCUGCUAAAGUAUUUGCUCUUGCUUUAAAGAGGUUUAUUUAUAGAUUUUUAUCAAUUGAUUCUAAUAUUGAAAAUUUAAAUUUAACUAAUUACUUUUUGGAUUUUACGUUAAAUUUAUGGCCAAAUUAUAUUAAGGAAGAAUUGGUUGAAAAAUUGUUUCCAACUUGUUUACUUGUAUCACAUGCUUAUAGUUGUUAUAUUUUUAUUAAUGAAGAAAUUGAGAAAAUAAAGGAAAAACAAAAUAAAGAAAAGAAAUUAAAAUUCAAAUUAUAAUAAAAUUGUUAGCUAUAGCACAUCCUCAUCCUCACAUUCAAAGUUCACGUUCUCGCAUUCGCUCUUCUCCCUCCCACUCUUCCCAUUUCUAUUUUUGUUCUCAAACUCAAGUUCACAUUUGUAUAUUUUUUACGAAGUUAGGAAUUGAGGAACGCGCUGAGGAUACCGUAUAAAUAAUAGGUUACAACUUAAGUAGUUCCAGUUUUAAAAUUUUGCAAUAAUUUGAUUAAAGUGCAACUUUAUUAGUUUUAUUAGUUAUAAUGAUUCAUUUUUUAUUCUUAAAUGUAUAUUAUAAAUAAUAAAUAAUUAACUU